AUGAGGUUCUUUCAGGUCGCCAUCACCGGUUUGUUAGUCGCCUUCGUCACCUCGGCUGCCCCCACAAGUUUCAGACCCACGAAAUAUGUGAACCAGAUCGACAAAUAUUCCACAGUCGUGCGGAGCUCGGAUCCCAGCCUCGACGGCCCUUCGGAACCGAAUGAUCCUCAAUACUUCGCCCCGUUUGAUGGGAUUGACGAAACGGAGGAGAUGGAAGAUCCUCCCGUCUAUGAAACGAACGGCUUAAUCCCCCUGGAGGGCUAUACCCUCAAGGAGAAGAGGAACUCCCUUUUCACCAUCGCCAAACCGAUAGUUGCCUUGGCUGGGUCUAGCCUCGCUCUCGAAGAGCAGUACCACUAUCAAGGGAAACCCAUCCUUCACGAGGUGUUGGACCGGAACAUGAGGGCCGAGGGAAACUCUAUGUCUCAGUCCAGGGCACGGGAAUGCUCGGUUCGUAAUCAGAUAUACCAAUAA